AGAUCUUGGGGGGUUGUGGUGAUCCCAGGAACUGUGGAGAACUGGAUACCAGGUGAAUUCUGCAGGCCAGGAGAUGCAGCAAAAGCCUAUCUCUUCCUAGACUGGGGUAGGUUAGGGUGCCUAGGCUGAAGGGCUAUCAAAGGCCAAACCCAAGGCAUUCGGUCAGCCACAUUGUGCUUUGCAGUACCCUGCCUGAGAUGAACAGAAACAGAUCAGGUUGUUCCCCUGCAAAUGGCUGGCAAGUGAAAGAGCCCCAGCCAGUGAUAAUAACGAAGCUGCUGUGUGCUCCAGCCAACAGUUUGCUCAACAAAAAUAUUAUACUGUUAUCUGUGAUUUAUAGUAGUAGCCAGCACCAAUAAAUCAAUUACCCCAGGAUCCCAGCUUUACCAAUAAAUCACUCACCAACACAUUGGCCUAGUGCUCAUGACCAUGCCAUCCUGAUGCCCUGGUACAGUGUUGGGGAGGCCAGCAAAAUUCUUCAGCUACUAAUUAGCUAGUGGGCAUAUGGGGUGAAAUAUUUCUUUAGCAGGGAACUGAUAAGUUAAUGGCUCUAAAUGUGCUCUUGGUUUUAGCUGGACAGUUUAAAAGCCAGAGAAUAGGUGGGUAAAAGAAUAAGAGUGGCUCAUGGUGACAAAGCAAAGCUCAGAGUGCACUUUUCCAGGGCUCCAUGGAAAUCCACAGUGACUGUGAGGUCCAGGAGAGCUGUACUGAUGGAAAUGGAGGAGAGGUCUGUAGACAGUCUCAGGAGGCCAUAGUGUCCAGUCCCGCAGCUGAAUCAGGAGGCUGUUUUCAAUGGGGAGGCUUGUGUCUAUAGCAAGCUCCCACUGUGGCCAGGCAUCUAUUGUUUGCACAAGGGUUGUUUGAUAAGCAUUAUGUUCUUCAGAAGAUGCCUACUCCAGGAGUCAAAAUAGCAUGAAAUUUAAUUUUAUGCCUAUUUGACAAAGCUUGAUUUCACCUCCAAUCAGCAGUGGCGAUAAGAGCCCUCGGCACAAGUGUGCAGGGUAGUUUGGCAGCUGUGACUGUGGAUUUAAUAGGUGAAUCGACAGGAACAGCACUUGAAAAUCCCCAGGGUAGUCAACCAUUAAGGUGAGCCCUAUCUUCCAUCCCCCAGCUCCCUUUCUGCAGUGUUCUCUGGUUGCUGGGCACUAAAGCAAACCAAAGCUCUGUUUACCGAGUCUACUAUUACAAUACAGCUACCAAAUAUUUGCCAGCCGUCAGCGCUGCUCCACCACUAUAAAUACUUCAGCCCCAGAUGGAAAGACUGCCGGGGGCAGGAGCUGGGAGCCCAUGCAUGGCGGGACUGUGGCGGUUCGAGUGAGUCCAAAGGCCGGUGGUGCCCAUCUCUAAGUGAGCUGAGAUGGCUGCAGGAGUAAUCAGGAACCCAGCAGAGUUCAGACUGCCCAGUUCCUUCCAGCACUCAUUUCUCCACCCUGCUGUCCACCAGGAUAGGGACUUUCAAGAAUUGUCUGAGGAGGAGGAAGAUGAGGAGGAGGAGGAGGAGGAGGAGGAGGAGAUGGAGGAGGUGGAAUCACAGGGCAGUCCCACUGCUCCCAUUCCUGGUGGAGAGAGGCAAGAAGUCACAGCCACUGCCAGCCUACAUGAUGCAGAAAUGACACUACAGCUCCUCAGGUUCUCAGAGCUGAUCAGCAGUGACAUCCAGAGGUACUUUGGGAGGAAGGACAAGGAGGAGGACCCUGACUCCUGCAACAUCUAUGAGGACUGCUUCUCCCCACAAAGAUCGGGGCGGGAGCUGUACUAUGCAGACCUGAUGCACAUUGCCCAGAGUGGGGAACUGGAUGAUGAGGACUCCCACAGUGCUCAGGUGCCCUUGGGGCAGCUAGACCAGCAGGUUUGGAGGUCCAUUUGUAACAAGGAUGGAGGGCAGAAGCUGGGACCACUGGCUGAGCUCUUUGAAUAUGGCUUGAGGCAGUACAUCAAGCAGACAGUCUCUGACAGCAGAAGGCUGCGGCUGGAGAAGAAGUAUGCCCACAUCAUCCCCAUGCACAGGAGGAAGCUGCCACCAUCCUUUUGGAAAGAGCCCUCUCCUGGCCCUGCAAGCAUCCUCAACACAAACACGCCUGACUUCAGUGACCUUCUUGCCAACUGGACUGUUGAGCCUGGGCAGGAGCUGCCCAAUGCCAGCAGGGAGCUGGCUGGUGAGCUGGGCCGGCAGGCUAUGGAAGCUGAUCAGUUCAAUGUGCUGUGAGGCAGAGGUGCCAGGGCUCCAGUCAGCUUCACUGAGUCCCAUAGGCUGGGACCAAGCUAGGGGCUGCUGGAAGGAAGCUACAUGCUCCUAAGGUACUGAGGGGUUUGUCCAAAUGGGAAUUUGCACACCCUGCCACCUGCCCUGUCCCAAGUGACUGUGGGUAAGACUGCCAUAUUUCUUCUCGUGCCCACUUUCUGCCCCAUUCUAGUUUGUAGGCAGCACACAGGAACCAGGCUGAUGCCUGGUGCAUUAACCUUGGGCCUUACCUUGCUCCUGCUUUUUAAGUAUGAUGGGCUUUGGACUUCUCCCAGCUGCAGCAUCAGCCUUUGUGUCAGUCCCAUCAAACUACCCAUGUCUGUGUGCUCUGCAGGGACGGCAGGGAUACUGGGCAGUGCCAAGCUGCAGCUGCCGCCAUAUG